AUGCGCAUGCGCCAAAAUGGCGGCGAUGCUCGCGCAUGCGCACCGCCGGGAAGGAGCUUCGAACAGCCGCGAAGCCGCUCGGAGUUUCGGGAAGCCCUUCGGAGCCGCCACGAAGCCGCUCGGAGCCGCCGCGAAGCCGCCGGGAAGCCCUUCGGAGCCGCCGGGAAGGAGCUCGGAGUUUCGGGAAGCCGCUCGGAGCCGCCGCGAAGCCGCCCCGAAGCCGCCGGGAAGCCCUUCGGAGCCGCCGGGACGGAGCUUCGAACAGCCGCGAAGCCGCUCCGAGCCGCCGCGAAGCCCUUCGGAGCCGCCACGAAACCGUUCGGAGUCGCUACGAAGCCACUCGGAGUUUCGGAAAGCCCUUCGGAACCGCCGCGAAGCCGCCGGGAAGGAGCUCGGAGUUUCGCGAAGCCGCUCGGAGCCGCCGCGAAGCUUCUAGAACCCCCGGGAAGGAGCUCGGAGCCGCCGCAAAGCCCCUCGGAGCCGCCGGGAAGGAGGUUCGAACAGCCGAGUGAGGUGAGGAGCACUGGCACAGGCUGCCCAGGGAGGUGGUGGAGUCUCCUUAUCUGGAGUUGUUCAAGACCUGCCUGGAUGCCGACCUGUGCGCCCUGCUGUAGGGAACCUGCAUGGGCAGGAAGUUGGACUCCAUGAGCUCUGCAGCUCCCU